GUUUGUCUCUCGCUUUCUCUCUACCCUUCAACAGUCAUCAUUGCCUUAUCGGUUUUUAAAAUGGUCAGCUUCAUUGCGCUCGAGAUCAACGUGGUGAUGAUACCAGUGUUGGCAUUGUUUCUCUUGUUCUGCGUUCCGGUCACAGCUGUCUCAAAGAUUGCGGAGCGCCUGACCCGCGUGAUCGAGAGUCGCAGCCUCAAUGGUCUCACCGCCAUGUCCGCCAUGGCCAUCAUAUCCUCCUUCGCUUUCUUGUUUCACUUCCUCGAGUGGCACUCCAAAUACGAGACAAAAGAGAAGUUCGUAGACAUCAGUCUCCAGCUUCAACACGACAACAAACGCUUGCGGCUGGAGCGCAACAUGUACAUUCAGCUGACGACCUGUGUUCUGUGCCUCGCUGUGAAGAAGUGCGCCACCCUCCUGCACCAGCGGGACGAGCAAGCAACACCGGUGCCUCCUGCAGCGGCUCAUACUGCCACAGGCGGUGCGCCACAUGCAAAGACAAGUUGA